AUUAGACUAAUGGAAACGAAGCCAGCUCAUUAGCAAUGUAAAAGGAAGCGAGUCAUGUGAAUUCUCUGAACAUAUUAUUGAGUUUAGGCUUUUUUUCCUAGAAAAGAAAAAAGAAAAUCUAAACGCAAUAAUUGUUCAGAGCAUUCACAUGACCCUGCUGCCUUUUGCACCUACCAUAGCUCAGCAAUCGACACAUACAGCCCUCAAGAUUCCCGUCAGCCAAAUUUGCAGGAGAUGAGUUUGACUUUGCUUCGCAACUUCUCGCUUAUGAGAGACGGUGUCCCAGAUUUGUGGCUGAUGAGUCUGGCUUUUGCUUCGCAGCAGAGCAUUCAAGAGAGAGAGAGAGAGAGAGAGAGAGAUUGCAGUCGACGCCUAUUGCUGUAUUAGGUGCCAGACUCUUCUUCAACUUUCAAAAUAUAAUGUACUGAAAUAAUAUCCUCAAAUUAUUUCACUGGCCUUUUUCCAUCAAAAGGAUUCUAGCUAUAUGCAUUACUGCACUUGCAUGAGGCAGAAAGGGUAUCCAGCAGAGUUGUGAAUUAGUUUCCUCUCGAGAAUAUGGGCAAGUCACCUCCGACGGUGUUUUACAUCACGAUCUGCUGUAUUGCUUUCAUCAUAUCGAAGAUAAUCAUCUCCCUGCUCUGCUACAAAAGAUGGGUAAGAAAGCGGAGGAUAAUUGAAGAUAGUUUGACAGGUGGAAAGAUGGUAAUGUUUCGAUCACCAACAACUCAAGCUCUCAGCACAAAAGCUUUUAUGAAGAAGACAAUGAAGCUAACUAACAAAGACAUCAUUGGCUCCGGAGGAUACGGCACAGUCUAUAAAUUAGUUGUAGAUGAAACCACUGCCUUCGCUGUGAAGAGGCUAAACAAGGGGAAUGACAAUAAGGAACUUGGGUUUGAGAGAGAGCUCAAUGCCAUGGGAGACAUAAAGCACAGGAACAUCGUUACUCUUCAUGGAUACUAUAUUGCACCGCAAUUCAAUCUUCUUAUAUACGAGCUGAUGCCGAAUGGAGGUUUAGAUUCAUUUCUUCAUGGGAAAUCAGCUGAAAAAAGUCCUCUAGAUUGGCCUUCCAGGUACAGGAUUGCACUGGGAGCUGCUCGGGGUUUAUCAUACCUUCAUCAUGAUUGUAUUCCUCACAUAAUCCACCGGGAUAUAAAAUCAAGCAAUAUACUGCUGGAUCUGAACAUGGAUGCGAGGGUGUCUGAUUUUGGAUUGGCAACGAUGAUGGAACCAGAUCAGACUCACGUUUCAACCAUGGUUGCUGGAACUUUUGGUUAUUUACCUCCAGAAUAUUUCGACACAGGUAGAGCAACAACAAAAGGAGAUGUUUACAGCUUCGGCGUUGUCUUGCUUGAACUUCUUACGGGGAAAAGACCAACAGAUGAAUCAUUUCUUGAGGAAGGCUCGAGGCUUGUUUCUUGGGUUAAGGGAGUAAUGGAAGAUCAGAGAGAGGAGCAUGCCAUAGAUAGUGUAUUAGUAAGCUUUCCAGCUGAAGAAGUCAAGGAAGUAUUCUCGAUUGCAGACAAAUGUCUAAAUCCAGAUCCCUCAAAGAGGCCAACCAUGUUCGAAGUUCUUAAAAUGCUAGAGCAAAUAAAAUCAGAAAAAUCUGAUAAUUUUAUUUGAUUUGUUACUUUUCGCAAUGAUUUUUUAUCAUGGAAUGAGGAAAAACUUCUGCCAAGGAUGGUUUGAACCUUCAAGGCUUCACUUUCAUCUUAAUCACAGGGUGGGCUCAAUGAACCAUAUAAUAAAACCAGCUCUGUUCAACAUCACGACAAGAUCUGUGAGGAAAAGAGCUUCUCGAAAGAUGGAAGUCUCUGCAUGGUACUUAUAUGGGGAAAAUUGACGGAAGCAGUGAACAACAUAAUUAACCAGGUUAUUUCGGCAAAUUGGACUAAAAUAUUUUUAUUAUCAAUCAAGCUCUGAGGAUCAAAUUUUUUUAGCAAAAUUUGAACAAGACCAAGACCAGUGAACAGAAAGAAUCCCAUUCCAUGGUAUGUAUCGCCAUAUAGACAGAAUGAAAGAAUGCAUUGAUAUGUGCCAUAUGUCCAUAACUUAACAUUCAGUCCAAGGUGAAUAAGAAAUGACUCUGAAGAGAAUCACAAAUGUGCUCGUCUUUGUGCCACAUCCUUAUUCUGUGCACUCUACAUGAACUAGGAUUUUCAUCUCCAUGCUUCAAGCAGAUUAUCUCGUCCUUGAAUAUUGUUUGUGCGCUUCUUUAGCAUGAGUGUGCCAAUGAGCUACAAGGUCUGCUCGCAAUUAUUUUCUUAAAUAUUAAUUUUCUAUUUUUUAAUUGCUUUGAAGUGUCCAAUUCACUACCCCAUUGCUUUCGGUGUGCGCGCAAGGGGCAAAGCUUUGGGUGCUAGCUUCUUGAUGACGCAAACCGAGAAGAGACUGCUAUGGUAUAUGAGCGUAAGAAAUAAUUUGGUGUAAAUUGCCAUGUAACAAUCCCUUAAAUUUCUCACAUCAGGUAACUGAAAAAGGAGAGAACAUAUUGGUAUUGUCUGUCACAGCCAAAAUAUAUUUAAAGCAACUAUUUCGCACAAGACGAAAUAACUGUGGUUGCGCAGAAUCAAGUUUUUUCAAAUCGACCUGUUCGUUGAACAUUUUAAGUACGGAAAAAUUGCAUUAUAAAUGUUCUAUUAAGGUCUUUUGGAUUAAGUUUGCAAGAAGCUGAGUUGAAUAUAUAGUCAGUGAAGAUUCACAAG